UACAUAGCAAAAAAAUGGGCAAAAGGUGCGUCUAGCCCGUUUAAACGUUAAAAGAAGAAUUUCGUCUGACCUGAACUCGGAUUUUGUUUCUUACUGGAGUUACUGACGAGCGGAGUAAGUUACUCACAAAGAUGAAGUACAAAAAUUUAAUGGCUAAAGCGCUAUACGACAACGUCCCGGAAUCUCCGGAAGAGCUGGCAUUCCGGAAGGGUGACAUCCUGACUGUCAUUGAGCAGAACACUGGCGGUCUGGAGGGAUGGUGGCUCUGUUCGCUCCACGGCCGCCAGGGCAUCGCACCCGGCAACCGCCUCAAACUGCUUAUCGGACCAAUGUUUGAAGGACAGACGCCUGCAUCCCCCUCCCCCCCACAGGGUCACGCCCUCCAGCAGAGGCCACUCACACCUCAGGGUGUGUACCAGGUGCCACCGUCCCACCAGAGCCCACAGGGACAGGGCAUCUACCAGAUCCCUCCAUCUAAAGACGUGUACCAGGUUCCACAAAGAAGCGCACUGACUGUAGAUGGGACUCCCAACAAGGUGGUGACCCCAGUCCGCGUAGGGCAAACAUACGCUUACAGUCCUGCGUCAGAUUCAUCUCAUGACCUCUACGAUGUUCCUCCAAUUCGUCCACAGGGGGUGUACGAUAUUCCGGCAAGCAAACAAACUGGACAGCACAACAUUCCUAGAUCCCAGGGCCUCUAUGACACCCCUCCUUCCCAAGACCUGCGAUCAAAAGGACUGUAUGACAUACCGCCAGCAUCACAAGGGGUGUACUCCACACCACCUUGUCAUAAUAACAUUGCGCAAGACGAAGGGAAUUAUGACUUUCCGCAGCCUUCGAAGCACAAGCAAGAAGGUAUAUAUGAUGUUCCACCACAGUCGCUCUCCAAAGCUUCACCAUGCUCCAACUACGAUUUCCCUCCCAGCUCUGAGCCGAUGUCCCAAAAGGGGAUGAACGGCAGCGCUGGCAUCUACGACAUUCCAGCCAGCCAACUUUAUGAUAUUCCACGUGGAAUGCCACAGAACCGCCACACUUCCACUGAAAGAGACAGAAAAAAGUCAGUUUACGAUAUUCCACCGGGAGAUACUCGGUUGCUCGGUGACGUUACCGAAGGCGUCAACCGCUUGUCAUUUUCCAGCACGGGAAGCACUCGCAGCGGUAUGUCAACUUCCUCUUCUUCCGCCGGAUCACCUGCCGAGGGUCGUCUAGCUUUGGAUCUAGACUCCGCUGUCCAAAGGUUGAGUCGCCUUCAGCAUGAUCUGGAGUCUUCAGUUUGUGCAUUGCAAACUCUUGCAGCAUCGCCUCAUUGGCGAACGUACAGCUUCAUGGAGCAUCACACUAAUGAGGUCCGCAUUUCAUUGGAGCGGGUCAAGUGUGCGCUCGCAGAUUUUCUCAUAUUUGGCCGUGGAGCGGCUGCGAAUGCCACAAUGUUGUCCGAUCCAGGAAUGCACUCUAAGUUGCGACGCCAGUUGCAACGUCUAGAAGAUUCCAAUCAGAUUCUUCAACAAACACAUCAAACUUUAGAAAACAAUAGCUGGGCACUUAAUAUUUUGGCAAUGGGCGCCAAGCUUCAAAACAAGAGUGACGAACUAGAACGUUUUGUAAUGGUGUCGCGAACGGUGCCUGACGAUACCAAGCAGCUGGCUUCAACAAUAGGGGGCAGCGCAGAGCUGCUUUUCCGAAGAGCACCAAUAGAAGGCAUCGUUCACCCCUUUACUUGCACCCCAACAGAGGAUGAUAGUUAUGGAGCCCAGACCAAACCUUUCCCUGUAUCACAUGACAAAGCAAACAUGAACAGCGAGAAGUGUGUUAAAAGCUGGAUGGAAGAUUAUGACUAUGUCCACCUACAGGGAAAAGAUGAAUUCGAACGACAACAGAAGGAACUUUUAGAGAAGGAGAACAUCACCAAACAAAGCAAAGUCCAACUCGGACAAGAGCAGCUGAACCAGUUCAAACAGCUCGAACAGGAAGUGAUCAAACCGGUAGAGAACGACAUCACCAAAUGGAUCUCCCACCAACAUUCAACAGGCUCCUCCUCAGACUCCUCCUCCAGUUUCUCCAUGGGAGGCGGAGCUCCGAUGUGUUUGCGCGAUCGCCAGCUGUUGACCUUCUAUGCGGACCAAUGUGAACAGCACUUUGUGACUCUGCUGAAUGCGGUAGAUGCUUUUUUCGGCUGUGUAAAGGCUGGGCAACCUCCACGAAUCUUCGUUGCGCAUGGCAAAUUCGUCAUUCUCAGCGCCCACAAGCUCGUGUUUAUCGGGGACACGCUGUCGAGACAAGCCUCGGCAGCUGAAGUGGCAAAUCACGUCAUGAACUUAAGCAACAUGCUGUGCGAGAUGCUAAAGACAGUCGUAGGCACCACCAAAAUAGCAGCCCUUCACUAUCCCAACACGGCCGCUGUACAGGAAAUGGUAGAUCGUGUGACGGACCUCUCGCACUUGGCGCAACAAUUUAAAGUGCAGCUCUCACAGAUGGCGGGAUUGUGAUGUCAUCAGCAUGAUGUCACUAACUUCUGAACAAAAACUCAUUUAGAAAUAUAUAUUUAUACACGUAUAGAUGCAUCACUGAAAGUUGUCUUUUGUAAAUAUUCAUGCUUUCUUCCACUCUGUGUAAAUAUUGGCUCUAUAUUUUGUGUAGAUUUGUUUAUAUAAUAAUAAUAAUGAUAAUAAUAUUAACUGUAUGAAUAGAAAUGAUUGAGACUUGCGUCUGUAGAGUGACUGUAAACAUUGUUGAUUGUUUUCUGUAUUAGGCACCUUACACAAGUUGUCCUUAACUGCUAAUUAUUACUGAACAGCAGAACCUACAAAAUGGAAAUAGUUUGUUUUGUACGUGUGCUGUAUUGUGUGACACACACUCUGCCGAGAGAAAACAGUAAGAAACAAAGUAAAAGAUUUUUCUGUCUUUGCUAUAGAAAUGGUUUCCCUUGUUUUUGUUUGAACAUUUAUGGUAGGUGAAGAAUUAAAAACUGUGCUCCUAGUCAUAUCUUACCCCAAAAUCAAAAGGAAAUUAUAUUUUUCUUGAUGCCUGUUUUAGAAUGAUUCAUAUUUUCUGCAUUGUGAACAUUUUUUAUGACAAUUAAACAUUUCUCUUCCCA